AUGAGCGCCGGUGGAAAACCAACAACAACACCCCAGAGUGCUGCAAACACCACCACCACCACAACAGGGAAACAACCAGACACAUCCUCGGGCGGCCCAACCCAACCCAAACACAAGCCAAAACACAUCCUCACUUCCAUCAACCCAUCCACCAUCCCCAAUCACUCUCAGACGACCAACACAACAACCAUCCAGCGGACUCGAAACACUCCCCUCCAGCCCGUCUCCGCCCCGGUCUCUCAAGCAGACUACCACGAAUUCCUAGACUCACGGACGACGGAGAAGGAGAUCCCACCAGGCUCGAGUGACGGAGUUGUGGGCACAAGCUCGAGUGCUGGAAGCCUUGAUCAUCAUCAUCAUCAUCAUCAUCAUCUAAGGAGGAGGAGGAGCAGCAGCAGCAACAGAAGAAGAAGAAACUCGCCGCUCGUCAGACGCUGUCUCGACUCCCUCGCCCUCUUCAGUCCCACCCAUUUGACCGUCUCCAUCGACUCCCAACGCCGGUCCCCAAACACCCCCAUGCCGCUCCUCCCCCCUCCUCCAGCCUCUUCCCCGCUCCCUCCUCGCCCUUCCAAAUCCAGAUGGUUCUCGAUCGAGUUCGCCAUCUAUUGGGCCGUCUUGGCUUAUUCGCUUCUGCUCAUCAUUUCCUCCGCCGUCUCUCUCUCGCAUGUCGAUCAUCCUAAUUAUCACCUGUAUCAACACAAGUUAUCUAAAGGAUGGAUAUUCAACCGGAAAAUAGACAACUCGGAUCUGCAGUACCGACGCUUCCGGCAAGGACUGACGAAGCUGGGGCUGCUCUCGCUGGGGUACCUGAGUCUGUCGAAGCUGAGCCGGCGAUGGCUCGGCCCCGGCCGACGCAAAGACUUCCAGACCUUCAGCGCCGCGCUCAUCCUCCUCCUCCUCCAUGGCUCCUCCGUCCUCAUCAUCUUCGCCAUCCUCCUCCUCAACUUCCAAGUCUCCAGAUUCUCCGCUCGCUCAACCUCCUCCUCUUCUUCUGGGAUUCGGAGAGCCGCAGCUACUGGCCUCGUGUGGUUCGUUAACCUCGCCGUCCUCUUCGCAAACGAUUAUUGGAACGGGUAUGCGUUCAAAAACCUCGCGUCUUCGCUCGAAUUCUUGGAUCGGCCGCAAUACAAGGGGCUCAUUCCGCGAUGGCAAAUCGGCUUCAAUAUCUCUCUGUUGAGGCUGAUCUCGUAUGCUUUGGAUUACCAAUGGGCCGCCCAAAAUCACUUCCAAAAUCUCCCCAGAUCUUCUGCGGCAGGCGAACCGGAGAAUGAGAAAGAGAGAGCCAAAUCGAACAGGGUCUCCGCCGACUACGGCUUCCAGAAUUACUUCAAUUACGUCCUCUAUCCCCCGCUUUAUAUCGCAGGCCCGAUCAUCACCUUCAACAAUUUCAUGUCUCAAAUGAACAAGAAACCAAGCACGAUCACGCGCCGGACGAUCGCAGGCUACACGGCCCGGUUUGGGGUAUGUUACUUGACGCUCGAAUGGAUCUUGCAUUACAUGUAUGUGGUUGCGAUUAAGGAUACCCAAGGAUGGGCCGGCGACACGCCGUUCGAGCUCGGGAUCAUUGGGUACUGGAAUCUGAUCAUCAUAUGGCUCAAGCUGUUGAUCCCGUGGAGGUUCUUCAGACUUUGGGCGCUCCUCGAUGGGGUUGAUCCACCCGGAAAACAUGGUCCGAUGCAUGUCGAACAAUUUCUCGACUCUGGAGUUCUGGCGGAGCUGGCAUCGGAGUUACAAUCUCUGGAUCGUCAGGUACCCCGUCCCCCUUCCUUCCUUCCUUCCUUCCUUCCAGCCUCUUUCUCGGAUCGAUGGAUUGAAUCGUCUUUUUUGCUGGGCAAUAGGUAUCUGUAUAUCCCGUUGGGAGGCGCCGCGAAUAUGGUCCCGGCAACCGUCGUCGUGUUCACCUUUGUCGCCCUCUGGCACGACUUGUCGUUCAAGUUACUCACCUGGGGCUGGCUCGUUAGUCUCUUCGUCUUGCCCGAAGUGAUCGCGAAACAAACCUUCGCUAAAUCAUCCUAUCGAGCGCGGCAUUGGUUCCGCCAUCUAGUCGCCCUAGGCGGAACGUUGAAUGUGAUGACGAUGAUGAGCGCUAAUCUGGUCGGCUUCUCGAUCGGGAUCGACGGGGUCAAGUUUAUGUGGCACGAGCUGUUGGGCUCCUGGGCUGGGGUGCGCGUCUUGGCCGCUAUCUUGGCCGUCGUCUUUUGCGCCGUUCAAGUGAUGAUCGAAUAUCGGGAGGCGGAGAUGAGGGAAGGGAUCCUGAGGAAAUGUUGA